AUGCCGCUGGGAUUUUUGGCACCUGAAUGCUUCAGAGUUGUCGAGAAGCUGUGUGCAAUGCCAGGAAGUUGCUGUAGCUCGGACCACGGCUAUCACAGCCUGGAGGAGGAGCAGCAGCAGCAGCAGCAGCAGCACAAGGGCGUUUGUCAAGAAGAGAGAGGGGGACGGCGGGAGCAGCGGUGCGAUGCCGGGGAGUUGAAGCGGCCCGAGGAGCAGAGCGACGCGGGGAGACAACCUGCAGGCGGUCCCUUGGAGCAGGAGUGUAUCGGGGAGAGAGGGGGACGGCGGGAGCAGCGGUGCGAUGCCGGGGAGUUGAAGCGGCCCGAGGAGCAGAGCGACGCGGGGAGACAACCUGCAGGCGGUCCCUUGGAGCAGGAGUGUAUCGGGGGUUCGGCUGAGAAGGGGGCACUUGAGGGGGAAGCCUUGUCUGAAGAGGAUGACGAGGGCUCCGAAAUAGAGCAAAACCUUCCAGCUUCAGCCAGACCUGCCUGUGCGAAUAAAUUAAUAGACUAUAUCAUAGGGGGGGUUUCCAGUGGGGACGAGAGUGCGGAUGAUGAGGAAGACUGGGAUGAUGAUGAUGAUGAUGACGACGACGAUGAUGACGGGUUUGAUAGUGAAGGGCUCCCCUCGGAUUCAGACGCUGGUAGCCAGGACGGGGAAAGGCUUCAUCUCUGGAAUUCCUUCUACAGUUUGGAUCCGUACAACCCUCAGAACUUCACAGCCACCAUUCAGACAUCCUCCAGCGGUCCGGGAAAGGAUAUGUUGGAUGUGGAGGAGGAGGAGGAAGAGGAAGAUUCUUCAUGGGCAGAGGAGUCUUCAGGCUCUCCUCAGGCUAGUUCUGGAGAGGAGGACGAGUGGGACUGUAGCAGUGUGGAUGAGGUAGAAAACUUGAAACUUUGGAACUCGUUCUGUACCUCGGAUGACCCAUAUAAUCCUUUGAAUUUCAAGGCAGCCUUUCAAACAGCAGAGAAAAAAGGGACGCCUGGUUUAAAAGGAGCCGAGAGGCCGAGUUUGGUCGCUUCUGAGCGUAGUCACUUAACUGUCUGUCGGGUGCAGCUGGAAAAACAUAACUGUGGGGUUAGUGACUUUGUGCAGCAUGACAUUCUUUCUGGUGAGAAAUGUAGAAGUACCAAGCGGAAAAAGGUAACCUUCCUUGAAAAAGUUACUGAGUAUUACAUAAGCAGUGAGGAGGAUCGUAAAGGACCCUGGGAAGAGCUUGCACGAGAUGGAUGCAGGUUCCAGAAACGUAUCCAAGAAACAGAAGAAGCCAUAGGAUACUGCUUCACAACAGAGCAUAGACAAAGAGUAUUCAAUAGACUCCAAGAAACCUACUACAAGAGGGUUGAUCUCUUCUAGCACCUUAAAAGAUCUGGUAGUUGUGUGACCUUAAGCACUCGUGAACAUCUUCGAAACAAGAAGUGGCAGCUGCAUGUGCUAUUUUGAAAUGGGGAGAGAAGUGGGAUUUUAACACUUUCUUCCCAGUUCGAUAUUCAGCCAACGAAUAUACCUGUGUGUCUCAUUUUGAUAUCCAGACAAAACCUUUUGAGUAUCAUCAAGGGUAAGGGUGGUAUAAUUGCAUUCCUUUUAAGUAACACUUGAGAAACAGACUGCUUUAGGUUAAAUCCAUUCCAAAAAUGCCUUGUCUGCCGUAUGUUGAGAAGUGGUGACUAUUAAGUUGGAUUUUUGCACUUUGAAAAAGCAAAACCUAUUUUGAAGGAAAUAUUUAUGGGGCUCAGAACCUAGUUAUCGCAGUUUUGAUUUAAAGUUUCUAGAGGUAUGUGCUACUUUCUUGUGGUUCUCCAUUUUCUCUAACUUGUACAAAAGUCUCAAAUUUUGUUAGCUAAUAACGUUAACUUUACUGGGCAAAGCAGAUAGUUUAUUCCUUCCUUUUAAGAUCCCAGUUUUGCAUGUAAUCUAGUGUUUGGGUGUUUAUGUAACGCUUUGAUGUCGUAAUAUUUGAGUCUAGCACACUGGGGGAUUCAGGGGAACUCUGGUGCACUACAAGCCCUUUGGUUUGUCUUUAUUUAAAUAAUACCUUUACCCAGUACUGUUCCAAAGGGUGUCGGCUGCUUGUGCACCAAACCUCUUUGCUUUCAGGGCAAUGAAAGGCCUGAUCAAUAAAUAAAGCUUCAAGGUAUGUGUCGAGGCUAUGGCUGAUAGUUUGGAUUUAGGCCACGCAAAGGGAACUAGGCACUAGUUCUUUAGUUAAUCUUAGAGUAUCUUUGCCGUAAUCGAUUCUGCUUUCUGAAGAUGGAUUGAAGUGGAAGAUUCUUCAUAUUUCGUGUAUCCAAUGUGCUUGUUCUGGCACUUGUAAGGAGAACUAUCUUUGACUUACGGAAAUUUAAGGCUACAAAUCGCUGUGUUCUUUACCAAAAGCCAGUAUUAAUAAUACCUCUAUGCGUCUGCACUUUGUUCAUCUGGUACCAAAAUAACAUUUCACACUUGGGGUCUGAAAGUUGAGGUCCUCAGUGGAAGGAAAACACUCCGUAUUUAUGUUCUUAACUUAAAAUGUUUAAUUGUUGUUUCAGUCAAAAUAAAAAAGCAGCACCAUUUGGAUAUGCGUUUGGACCUCAAGGAUGUUGUGUGGCUGUUAUCCAAGCAGGUAUGAGGUCAUGCAAUGGAAUAAAUACCAAACAUCAAAGAAUUCGUAUCUGUUUGCACAAAGUUGCGUGAAUAAAUUAUUUGGUACUUGGUUCAGUCAGCUGACUAGAAUUGUUUCCCUUUUUUAAGGGAGAAACCUAAAAACACUUCAGAUUUGUCAUCGCAUUAAUGACUUCAUUUUUUAAUUCAGAAGAAAAUUACAGGUACAGAAGAGCUUCACAGAGCUUUACUGAAUUUUCUGCUUUAUCAUGCCAUCUCUUUGGCCAUUACUUUUAAUUCUGUCUCAAAAACUUCAGAGUUUUGGGGUUUAUACUUUGGUCUUACUGCAGGAGGUAUGUUCUUUGAAUUUAAAAAUUACCUUUCUCUGCUACAAGUUAGAAGUGUUACAAUUAUGAAAUUCAGAGGGUUAACUGUGAACUACAGUAGAGUUGUCAUGUAAACUUAAAAUACAGCCAAAACUCAAGCAGCCUUACAGACCGGCUACUUGAAAGCAAGGCAGCAAUGUUCUUUUUCAUACCCACGCAUAAAAAAAAAAUUGGAUUCUCCUUUCCUACAAAAGAUAAUUUUACUUGUGAAAUCGUAAUUCUAAUCAUGCCCUCAAAUCCUGUGAAAUAACACUUAAUUUUUAGGAGUUUGUUUUCCUGUAUCAUAUUUGAUAACGGGUGUUCUGCUUUUUUGUUUAGGAAAAAGCCCGCAGGAUGAUAAAUGUAGAAGUACAAUAGAAAAUUUGUUGACUUACGGUCCAAGUGUGACUGAUAAGCAAAAAUUGCUCUUGGUAAAAUAUGCUAUAGUCAUUUUUCCAUGACUCUCCUAGUUUCUUCGAUCUUGGAGAACUUUUUGGUGCUUCUGUUACUCUGGACAACUCGCUUGGUUUACUGGUGCUUGUGCGAAGCUUUAGAGUGGUGUGAGUUAACACCCGCAAACCCCGAUCCACUGUUGGCAGAGGCUUGGAAAAGGCUACAGCUGGAAACGAACAGAACUGACAGAUUGGAUGUAAACGAGAUGAAAAACCGCUGCUUCCAAAGUGCUUCUAACAUUUGAGAAAUUACUUUUUUCCAGCCUGCAGUGUAUCGAGCGUUCUGUUCAAACACUGCUGAUUCUCCCUGAAACAUACCUGCUUGGGUAAGCUUUUUUCCCCUCUCACACCUCAUGUUUUCAAAGUAUCCAGUGUAAGGUGACAGGAAAUUAACACUAAAGUCAUCACCAUAAACAUCAUCUUAAAAGCAAGCUAAGCUUGGUUGUCACCGUUUUCCCUAUAACGUAUCUUAAAAUGGUCAUACAGGAUGUGUACAUGUGUAAGUGCUUUGGGUGAGACAGUAAAAAUAACCGAACUUUAAAUCAAAACUGUAAUUAUCAGAUUUUAUUUUUGUAUAAUUUAGAGAAAGUUAGAAAACCUUCAACAUUGGCUUUAUACAGAUUUUAAUUGAUUUGUGUCGAGUUUGUUGGGUUUUUAUAUCUAAAGUUAUAUUUCUGUACAUAAUAAAACUAUUCAGAACUAAUCUGUGAAUUGUAAUAAAGAUAUUUGCAAGAUAA